CCCAUAUUCAAUACCCAAUUCUUAAUACCGAGUCUCUGUGACUCAAACUCGAAGGUGAAGGUGAAGGUGAUGAUGGAAUUGGAAGUCGACGAGAACGACUUGAAAGCCGCCGGUGCUGAGCUCUUCGUCGACGGUGGUCGGCGCGGCAUUCGCAUCAAUGGCUGGGUGAUCGAGACUCGGAGGCACUCCAUACUCAACUCUUCCACACUCCAAGAGUGGGAACAGAAUCUCGAUACGUCUCAUUUACCAGAAAUGGUUUUUGGGGAAAACACUUUGAUUCUAAAACACUUGAGCAGUGGCACCAACAUUCAUUUUAAUGCAUUUGAUGCUCUACGUGGCUGGAAACAGGAAGCAUUGCCGCCAGUUGAAGUUCCUGCGGCGGCUAAAUGGAAAUUUAGAAGCAAGCCCUCUCAGCAAGUAAUACUUGAUUACGACUAUACAUUUACAACACCUUAUUGUGGAAGUGGCACUAUGGAGAUUGAUAAAGAUCCGAAUAAGGGAGAGAGAGAGACUUCUAAGGAAACCAGUGAUAUCCAUUGGGAAGACUGCAAGGAUCAAAUUGAUGUAGUUGCACUAGCAUCCAAGGAGCCAAUACUUUUCUAUGAUGAGGUGGUGUUAUAUGAGGAUGAACUCGCUGAUAAUGGAGUAUCACUUCUUACUGUAAAAGUGAGAGUCAUGCCAAGCUCUUGGUUUCUGCUGUUGCAAUUCUGGCUUAGAGUUGAUGGAGUGUUGAUUAGACUGAGAGAAACACGUAUGCAUUGUGUAUUUGGUGGAAAUACAAAUCCCAUUAUACUUCGAGAGAGUUGCUGGAGAGAAUCUACAUUUCAAGAUUUGUCUGCUAAAGGGCACCCUUUUGAUUCUGGUGCGUAUGGUGAUCCAAGUUUCAUCAGCCAGAAGCUCCCCAUCAUAAUGCAUAAGACCCAAAAGCUUGUAAUUUCCUCUUAAAGUUAUAAGACUGUAAAUUCCCAUAUUGCAAAAGUGUUUCUGAUCAAUUCUUAAUAUGUAUUCAUCUUUUACCAUGGCUGGUUGAAACCAUAAGUUGCUUAUUAUGAGAUAAGCUCUAGAUGCAUGCUAAUCAUGUUUUGUUCUUGUACGAAAGGUUGGAGGGAGGGUUGAUCUAACUACUAUUUAUGUGAGGGACUCAUUUACAUGAAAAAUGUAGAAGUUACAGUUAUUAUAUAGGUUGGAGUUUUUAUAAUUUAUCAUACGAACUUAUGUAUUUGGUCACAAUUUUAACUACUAAAAUUUUCUAUUA